GUCUGGUUGAGAGAUGGUUGGUUUUUAUUCCUCUUCUCGUUUGUGGAGAGGAGAACACACCGCUCUCUCUCUCCUCUCUCUGUCCCUCUCAUCAUCUCUCUGUUAAAACUGCUUUCUCUCUCUCCAUGUAAAAGUUUCUCUCUCUAGAAAGCUGUUAUUCUUGUUAAUUUGGCUCUCUGUUUUCUUUGUUUGGUCUGGGUUUGGUCUGGUUUAGAUAGAGAGAGGGAGAGAGGGGAGAGAGAGGAGAGAUAUAGUGUGUGUGUCUGAUCGUUGAGAGGGGGAUUUGGGUAGAGUGCCGGGUAGUUGAGGGGGAGGGGUUGAGUGAAUGAAUGGGAAUUCCGGUGGGGUUUGCUAGAGUGACGGCCAGGUGGUGGUGGUGGUGCUGCUGCUGACGACUUAACUUACUGUCUCUCUCUCGCCGGCGACGGAGCCAUGGACUUCGAUGCCGGAAUUCCCAUGUCUCGUGCUGCCGCGCCCGUCACCGACGCUCGCUCACUGUCACCCUCCUUGACCCAAGAUGCAAUGUGGCAAAUGAAUUUGAGAUCAAGUGAAACAAUGGAAGCCGGGCCCUAUCCCGAGCGUACUGGAGAGCCAGAUUGUUCUUAUUACAUCAGAACAGGACUUUGUAGAUUUGGGGCGACAUGUCGCUUUAAUCAUCCACCUAACCGCAAGCUGGCUAUUGCCGCUGCAAGGAUGAAGGGAGAGUUCCCCGAAAGAAUUGGACAACCAGAGUGUCAGUACUACCUGAAGACAGGAACCUGCAAGUUUGGAGCAACAUGCAAGUUUCAUCAUCCUAGAGACAAGGCGGGAAUGGCUGGAAGAGUUGCCUUAAAUAUCUUAGGCUAUCCACUUCGACCGCAGAAUGAGGUCGAAUGUGCUUAUUAUUUACGAACUGGACAAUGCAAGUUCGGAAGCACUUGUAAAUUCCACCAUCCCCAACCUACUAAUAUGAUGGUUUCAGUGGGCGCCUCUCCUGUAUAUCCUACUGUCCAAUCUCCAACUACUCCUGGCCAGCAGUCGUAUGCGGGAGGAAUUACAAAUUGGUCAAGAGCAUCUUUUAUUCCCAGUCCACGCUGGCAAGCUCAAUCAAGUUAUGCUCCUCUCAUUGUUCCUCAAGGAGUGGUAUCAGUCCCGGGAUGGAACACAUACAGUGGCCAAGUUGGCUCCGUUUCAUCUCCAGAGAGUCAGCAACAAACAGUGGGAAACAGUCAGAUGUAUGGAACUUCACACCAAGGUGAACCGGAAAAUUCAGGAUCUCAAGGGGGCUUUUCUCCUUACAGUUCCGGUUCCAUCCCUGUGGGGUUCUAUGCAUUGCAAAGGGAAAAUGUAUUUCCUGAGAGACCUGGCCAGCCUGAGUGCCAGUUUUAUAUGAAGACCGGCGAUUGUAAGUUUGGUGCAGUCUGUAGAUUCCAUCAUCCUAGGGAGAGGUUAAUUCCUGCUCCAGACUGUGUUUUGAGUCCAAUGGGCCUUCCUUUACGACCGGGAGAACCUUUGUGCAUCUUCUAUUCUCGUUAUGGUAUCUGUAAGUUUGGACCAAGUUGCAAGUUCAACCACCCUAUGGGUAUCUUCACUUUGAAUCUCUCUGCAUCAUCUUCGGCUGAUGCCCCAGCCCGGCGUUUGUUGGGUUCAACGUCGGGGGCUGCUUCAUUAAAUUUAUCAUCAGAAGGGCUAGUCGAAGCAGGAUCAGCAAAGCCCAGGAGACUUUCAUUGUCAGAGCCGAGGCAGAUGCCUAGUGCUGAGGAUAACAUUGACACAGAGGAGUGAAAAGCGGCUCGAAAGCGAGCCAUUUACAUUAACAAUCUUUUGAGGGAUAAAGAAGAGUCUGGUAUGAUAUCUGUAAAUUGAAGUUGAUUAUGUCCUGAAAAUGCAUUCAGCUGACAGAUUCAACUUUCUGAAUUUCACAUUGCUGCAUUGUAUAAAACAUCUCCAAAUGUUGUCACUUGGAAAACCCAAUGUGAACAUUCUGUCCAUCCCAAAUCCCAAAUUUUCUCAUGUUAUGAUUUAUUUUUCGCGGGUAUUACUUGAAGCCUUGUAAGUUGUAAUGAAAAGUUUGAUAAAAAUAGAAAAUUGUAGGGAAGGAUGAGUCGUGGGAUAAAAAAGAGUUCAAAAUAUAUUGUAUGCAUCUUGUAAUUUGUUUUAUAUGUUUUUUUAUCAGGUUUAUUGUUGACAUCAUUUGACCAAAUAAAUGUCAUGACCUAAACCGUUCAUUCACUUUGGAUGUCCAAAUCCAAUCAUUCAUUCCUCGCUACCCCACUUCCGCCAACUAGCCGUUUGAUCAAAAUCCAACAGUCCGGAUCCUGGACUAGAUGGAUUUGGUGGAAAGGGAUCCGGACUCGUUGUUAAAUAUUGGUCUGCAUGGAUGGUCCGCACCUUUGGUCCGACAAGAGAAACCCUCGUACCUGUACUGCACAUAAUCAAUCCUCCCUUGUUCCUAAUUUUUCCCAAACCCAACUAAAAACCACUCCCACAGUCGACUCCCUUUCUAGGCUAUUUCUUUACGUUUGAUUUUCCAAUUCCUCAACCCCAAACCCAAACUUACCAAAUCAAGCAGCUCAAAGCAAAUACCCAUUACGGACCCUUGUUACCAUAACAUUAAUGAUCCACCAAAUCGAAUUCAAAGGCCGCUCAAGAGAAAAGAUCAAGGACCCACUUCCCAGCUCACACUCUUUUACCAAAUUCCCAUGACCUUUUGCCUCUCAAAGCUCACACCAAAGUAGCACCCAUCUCAAGAAGCAAUUCAUGAUGCCUGCUCGUGCUCAUGGGGUCACCUUCUCUCUCCUCCUGCUGUCCUUUUUGGCUACCGCUAUCUCCACCACUGAAGCAGCAAGCUUAGACCAUGCCAAUGGGUCUGCAGCUGUGGGGCCACUGGUGCCACUGAUCGGAGCUGAAAAGAUGAAGACUUUGGUGAUGAAUGAGACCAGGAGGAAGUUGGGGAGCUUCCGGAUUUGUGCAUUGUGUACUUGUUGUGGAGGUGCCAAAGGUCUUUGCUUGCCUUCUCCUUGUUGCUAUGCCAUCAAUUGCAACAUUCCAAACAGGCCUUUCGGUUUCUGUUCUUUCACACCCAAGACCUGUAAUUGCUUUGGAUGCCGUAUCUAACUCUUCCUCUCUAUAUUUUAUAAUUUUAUAAUUAAAAAUUGUUUAAUUAGGGGUAAUGUUUGAUUUUGUUGGGAGUCUGGAUGGGAAAAAGAAUAUCUGUUCUUGAUUUGUUUGCUUAGAAGUUAUGAAAUUUAUUUAUAUUUCCAGGUUAGCUUAUUUCUAUAUCUAGUGGGAUAAUUUUCCAUUGUUUUUUUUUGGUGGAAUAAGCAGUGCCUGGAGAUAGGAUUAGCAUAGUUGUGAGGCAAUUUAGGGAACAUUUUCCUUGUUAAUGGAGCUAUUUGGGGUUCUUAAUGAUAUUUUAUUGACUUUCCAAAACAAUAUAUUAAUGUAAGUGCUCAGUAGAGCUACUGUGAGUGACACUCUGUGACAAGGAUUAAGGUUCAACUCCCAUGUUCUAUUA